AUGAAAACAAAUAUAUUCCACCUAAUUUUUCUAAUAUUUCUUAACGAGAGUUAUCGUGUUAAUGCUUUGGAAUGUUAUUCUUGUUUGAGUACAAAACCAAAUACAACUGGUUGCGACGAUAAAUUCAAUGUUAACGGAACACUUAUUUCGACGCACAGUGCCACAACUACGAAUGCAACCUGUACGAAAAUGGUUGGUAAACUGACUGAUGGUAAUAAAUUUACCUUGCGAAAUGCAAGUUUAACUGGUUGUCCACAAGGUCUAGAAAGUUCAGCUAUUGUCGGCAAUUCUACUACUGUUCAAAUAGCUGAUCUUAAAAUCUAUUGCUGUCACAAACAUUUAUGUAAUCGAGCUCUCAGUCAGUCUUAUUCUCUAUCGAAUACGCUGAUUUCAAUUGUCUUCGUAAUCAACUCAAUAUAUCUUCUUGCAUGGAUCUUCAAGUAA